AUGCCGACCUGCUUCUCUGAGCUCGGUGACGAGCUCCUUGCAAACGUGCUAAGCUUUGCCGCGCCUCGAGACGUCGAGUCUGCCACUGUCGCGUCUUCGGUGGUCGCUCGAGACGUCAUACCGCAGUUUUCAGAUAUUUGGAAGAACAUUUUCCUCCGUCGGUGGGAGGUGCUCAAUUUCCCACUCCACGGCGUUGCAGAAGGCGAGACACUGCUCCAGAUUAACGAGCAAUUGGACACUCUAUUUCCCAGUUCGUGCACGGACAACCGCAAAUUCCAGUUGCUAGCGCAUGCCAUUGUCCCUGUGCCUUCUUAUGCCGAUGUAAAAGAAACACAAAGAAACGUGGGCUAUCUUGAUGCAUAUCAUAGGAUCAUUUCACUUCAGCCAUCCGACUUGAUGCAGACACACACGGUCGAUUUUGCACUAGAUGGACAAAUGCUGGGAAACGAUCGGUGCGUCCGAUCAAAUAUGCCGUUUCUGACGACGCCCCAUGUCGCGGUGUACAAGCAUAUUUUAGCCGAAAAAGACAACGCUCAAGGCCAAACUCGGCCAGUUUUUGAGAUCGGCAUUGUUAGUGGAGGAUACUUUGAGCUGAGCUUGCGGGAGCGACAACAUCGACAUGCGCGAGUUUCUUCUCUGUUUGGCCACGAACCCAUGACGUCAAUCGGCCUGGUGGAUGCAAAGUUCCCGCUGGUGGGCAAGCAACCGGGGUGGACACGGAGAUCGUAUGGGUAUCAUGGCGAUGAUGGUCGAUACUAUCACGGCACUGCGUUUGAGGGUCGACCUUUUGGCUCCAGGUUCAAAGCUGGCAGCACUGUUGGCUGUGGGAUUUGGACUAGUCUUGAUGCAGGAACGCGAUCCGUGUUUUUCAGCAAUAAUGGUGAGUUGAUCUCCACUCUGAAUGGAGCGUAUAUUGAGGUCGAGCAUCGGAACUGGUACCCGGCAGUUGGACUGGACUCCUACGAUGCGUUGCAUGUUAACUUUGGACAAGAACCGUUCGCGUACAGCAAUAUUGCAGAUCGAUUGAUUCAACAAUGCAACAUUAUGGGGACUGCUGUGAUCGAAAAACUGCAGUGGUAUAGUAUUUGUGACUCGGACGGUGAGAGCACCGAAGAUGGAAGGAAUAGCAGCGAAGGUGAUUCUGGAAAUAGCGCUGGAUCAGACAUGUCCGACGAUGAUAUCAGAGCCGGAUUGAUUGUACGCAUAUUAGCAAUGCGACAAGCAGGAAUGGACUUCGUUUGA